AGUGUGGUCAGCUGCACACCCAUAACACCGUUCUUAGUCUAGAGAUGUUGAGAUUCUUAGCGCAGCAAGCCAUUGACUAAAGGACUAAUGAAGUGCUUAUGCUUUUUUGUUUUUAGUUCAAGGUUUGAGUCUUGGUUUAUAGCAGAUGUAAAAAAAAAUUGAAUAUCUGGAUGUAAACAAUGUGAGAAGUUCUAAGGACCUGGUUGAUCCAGAGGAGGACAGAGGCUACAAUCUACAGUAACAAUUAUGGAAGGUCACUGCUUAUUCAUGGUGAUUGCUUGCCUUCUUGCUGGCUCUGUCAGAUGCCAUGAAGUCGCCUCUCGUUAUUCUGGAUGUCAGUGGAACAAUGUCCAUUUUCUGAACUGCAGAUCCACAGGAAUUACCACUCUUGGAGAUCACUUCUUCCUGAAUCAGACAAACCAUUUCCAAAGAUGCAUACGGACCACCACACACAUUGAUCUUAGUUAUAAUAUGAUGUCAGCAUUACAUCUAAAUGUCUUCUACAAGUUUACAUCUCUGGAAACCUUAAACCUCACAAAUAACCAGAUCUACAAGAUGUCAAUGAAUGAGAAAGGUGCAUUCCUGACUUCAUUACAGAGACUUGUUCUAAAUGGAAACAGGCUGAUUGCUAUUCCCAAAGGACUGUGCAAACUGAAAUCUUUACAGACUCUUAGCUUAUCAGCCAACAGAAUUCUGUAUGUUCAUAGAGAUGACUUUGCAAACUGCACAAAUCUCCAGCACAUAGAUCUGGGGGAGAACAGGAUCAGCAACAUACAUCCAGAUUCAUUUCGGGAUCUCAGAAAUCUACAGGUUCUGAAGCUAAAUAGCAAUACUCUUUUGAGCCUCUCACCCCUGGUAUUUUUAUUCAAACACAUCCUGAAAGCAGAUAUUGAUUUAUCAGACAAUCCAUGGGUUUGUGAUUGCAGUCUUCAGCCUUUAAAAUAUUUAAUUUCAUCUCUAUCUCCUGGAGUGAGGAAACCAUGGAAUGCUACAUGUCGUACACCCUUCUCUAAAGCAGGACAGCUCAUCCUUUCUGUAGAAAUCAGCAAAUCCUGCCAGACGUCUGAUUACAGCCAUGUCUAUGACAAGACACUAUUAAUCACUGCUGGAGAGGAGGCGACUUUGGACUGUGAAUCUUUCAACCAGUUGAGAAAUAAGGAUAUACUCUGGUGGACUCCACAUGGUAUUAUUUCAAGUGAAAGACAAAAUAGCAAUUAUUACCUCAGCAACACAAAUAGUCUAAUAAUAAAACAGCCUGAUGAUUCUGAUGAAGGUCUGUAUCUUUGCCUUACAAAUGCUGCAAGGAUUGCAUAUCAGGUGGGCAUACAGGUAAAUAACCUAAAAAGUAUAAGGAGGAGUCCAAGAGAUCUACAGUUGAGGAAUGUUCGAAUGCAAACUCAACAAAACUUUGAUUUAGCGGUUUCCCUUUCAGUUGUAGUAACAUUCCUGAUUGCCUUUUUUCUGGGUGUAUUCAUAAGACCAUACCUGGAGAGUUUAUGGAGAAAGUGGUGCGAGUCAAAAAAUGCAGAAGCACAACAUUCAGAUGAAGUUUAUGAAAAUGAAGGAUUUACGCCAGACUUUAUAACAAGAAAACAUGGUGCGAAGAGUAAUGUGAGUAGUUUACCACCACACAAGACAAGACAAUCUUAUGAAAUGAAUGAUAAUUACGAACUGGAAACAGAAAAUAUUACACAAAGACAGGAGCGUGCUAUAGAUGUAGAAUUCCCCACACAUAAUGCUGUUCAGGAAAUAGGUGAAGACAUAAAUGAGCCUGCUAAUAGACUGCCUAGAACAAAACAAGUAAAGUGGGCCAGCAAUGAAGACUUUAGUACAAACGUGAACCUUAAAUAUUUCAUGUCUUUAAUUAAACCUAUUAAUUUCAUAGUUUUAGACUCUUCGAUGCCAGAUAUGGCAUAUGAUCAUCAAUCAAAUAACACAAUUGCUGAGGACUUUAAUCACAUUAGUGGCCACACAAACAACGAAGACACUACCAAGAUGUCAGAUGACAGCUGUUCUUCUGAUGAAGGUUCAAGUUUUUCUUUGGGUUCAGAUUAUGACGUUUCAGAUAAUGAUAGCAUAGUAAAUGAAGUUUUGCAGGAGACAAAACAAGGUGGACAGGAUUGUACUGACAAUGCAAGUCCAACAAUUAACCUCAAACGUUUAAUAUCUUUAUUAAAACCUAUUCACAUCAUAGUUCCUGACUCUACCGUUCCUGUAAUAUCAAAAAGUCCCAAACAAAAUAAAGAUACUUUCAGGACAUUAUAUGAUACAAAUUCAUCUGAUGAAAGUUAUAUUUACGCAUUUGAUUCGGAUAAUGAACUUUCAGACGAAGACGAAAUACUAAAUGUUAAUGUACUGGAAACAAAGAAAAGCAAUGUCAGUCCUACAGUGAACCUUAAAUAUGUUAUGUCUUUGUUAAAGCCAAUUAAUAUCAUAGUUCCAGAGUCAACCACAACCCAAAUAGUAAAGAGUCCUAAACAAACGCAGUUUUUCCCAUUAACUGUGCCUGAAUAUCCAGAAAACAGAAUGGAGAAUUUGGAACAUUUUCCUUAUAUUCAUGAUCAAGACAAACAAAUAACAAAUGAUCAGUGUGAAUCUCAGUUGUCUAAUAUAUCUAGAAUAAAUGAUACAACUGCACUAAAUGAUAGCAGUUCCUCUGAUGAAGAGUCAAACAUUUCUGUCAAUUCAGAAAACUAUUUUUCAGCUGAAGAUGCAUUUAUUGGCUAUAAUUUCCUAAAAAGCCAAACACAGUUGGCCAAUGAGACUCUUAGUGCUACAGUAAACCUUAAACAUUUGAUAUCCUUAUUAAGGCCCAUUAAGAUCACAAUUCCAGAUUCUACUAUACCUACAGUCAUUGGGACUUCUACACAACAGAAGUUGUUUCCAAUUAGUAUUUCUAGAUAUCCAGAAAUGGAAAAUGCUGACAUUUCUUCUGAUAAUCAUGAUAAGGACAACAGUAUACCAGUGGAGCGAAGUGAAUGUUAUUUACAAAGCACAGAUCCUAGAAAUCAAUAUUCAGAUUCAAAGAACUCCAUAGAGGUUACCAGGCCAGCAUAUGACAGUAGUUUAUCUGAGGAUAGUUCAAACGAUACCGAUGAUUCAGAUCAAGCUAUAAGUUCUGUUCUGACUAAACCAUUACCAAGAAAAUGGGUAAGCAAUGAGAAUAUAUAUCCUACAGUGAACCUCAGACAAAUAAUAUCUACUUUAAAACCCAUUAAAAUCAAAGUUCCAGAUGCUUGUCAUUAUCCAGAAACACUCGUGAGUCCUAAGGAGGAUUUUGAGGUUACUUCAGAGAAGCUGUAUUAUUACAGUUCAUCUGAUGAACUUUCAAAUGACUCUGUUGAUUCUGACCACGACAGUACAUUUGAAUUUGUGACUAAGACUUUCCCUGUACCAGCACCAAGAAAAAAGGCAGACAGUGAAAUGGUUUAUUAUAGUGUGAACCUCAAAAAUAUAUUAUCUUCAUUAAAACCUAUUCAUAUCAACAUUCCAGAUUUAACCUAUUAUUCAGAUAAUUUAGUAACUCUUAAGAUGAAUACAGAGGUUACCCAGAACCCGUAUGAUGAAAGUUUAUCUGAACGUUGUAACGAUUCUGCUGACUCAGAACAUGAAAGUUUUGAUGAAGAGGUCAUAAUAAGUCCUAAAGUUUCUGAACCAAUGGCAACAGAACUGAAAAAUCAUGAGGAUCUUACUCCAGUGGUAAACCUCAAAUAUAUAAUUUCAUCAUUAAAACCUAUGAAUAUCAAAUAUCCAGACACAACCGAUCUUCUUGUGAGCUCAGAUAAGAAUAACGAAGUUAAGUUGUAUGACAGAAGUUCAUCUGAUGAAGAAUUUAGUGAUUUGGAUGAUUUCGAAAAUGAAGAUUCCUACAAAAAUGUGAUAUGGGGCCAUAGUUUACCAAAACCAAUAUCAAAUGAAAGUUCAAAUGAUUCAGUGGAUUCAGAAAAAGAUGGUUCAACAGAAGAUGUCAUAUUUCAACUUAACUUGACUACAGAAAUGCCAGCAGACUGGGAAAAGAGUAUGAAUGUUUAUCCUACAGUAAACCUAAAACAUCUAAUAUCAUCAAUAAAGCCCUUUCAUAUUAACGUACCAGACUCAACCAAUUAUUCAGAUCCUCCAGUGUUUCCAAAGAAAAAUAUAGAAGUUACCCAGAAACUGUUUGACAGCACUUCUUCUGAUGAGAGCUCAAAUGAUCCUUUUGAUUCAAGGUAUGAAAGUUCAGAUGAAGAGGUGGUAAGGACUCCUGCUUUGCUUCCAACAGGAACAGAAUGGGCAAGCAUUGAGGAUCUUCCUCUUACAAUAAACCUGAAGCAGAUAAUGUCUUCAUUAAAACCAAUUCAUAUUAACAUUCCUGAAACAACAUGUAAUUCAGAUAUUCUUGUUAAGAAAGAUACAGAUGUUUCCCAAAAGCUGUAUGACUUUAGUAUCUCUGAUACUACAGCGUCUGAAAGUUCUGAUGAUUCUGCUGAAGAUUCAGAUGAAGAAGUUAAACAGAGUAUUAUUUUGCCUGAAGCAACAACAGAAUGGAAAAAACAUGACUAUCCUACUGCCACAGUGAACCUCAAACAUGCAAUAUCUUCAUUAAAACCCUUUCAUAUCAACAUUCCAGACUCAAUCAAUUAUUCAGAUCCUCAAGUGUGUCCAAAGAAAAAUAUAGAGGCUACCCAGAAAUUGUUUGACAGCACUUCCUCCGAUGAGAGCUCCAAUGAUCCUUUUGAUUCAAAAUAUGAAACUUCAGAUGAAGAGGUGGUUAAGACUCCUGCUUUGCUUGUAACAACAGGAACAGGAUGGGCUAGUAGUGAGGAUCUUCCUACUACAGUAAAUCUUAAACAGAUAAUGUCUUCAUUAAAACCAAUUCAUAUUUACAUUCCUGAUACAACAUGUAAUUCAGAUAUUCUUGUUAAGAAGGAUACAGAUGUUGCCCAAAAGCUGUAUGACGUUAGUAUCUCUGAUACUACAGAAUCUGAUAGUUCUGAUGAUUCUACUGAAUCAGAACAUGAAGGUUCAGAUGAAGAAGAUAAACAGAGUAUUAUUUUGCCUGAAGGAACAACAGAAUGGAAAACAAAUUACUAUCCUACUGCCACAGUGAACCUCAAACAUGCAAUAUCUUCAUUAAAGCCCUUUCGUAUCAACAUUCCAGACUCAACCAAUUAUUCAGAUCCUCAAGUGUGUCCAAAGAAAAUUAUAGAGGCUACCCAGAAAUUGUUUGACAGCACUUCCUCAGAUGAGAGCUCAAAUGAUCCUUUUGAUUCAAAAUAUGAAAGUUCAGAUGAAGAGGUGGUUAAGGCUCCUGCUUUGCUUGUAACAACAGGAACAGGAUGGGCUAGCAGUGAGGAUCUUUCUCCUACAGUAAACCUUAAACAGAUAAUGUCUUCAUUAAAACCAAUUCAUAUUUACAUUCCUGAUACAACAUGUAGUUUAGAUAUUCUUGUUAAGAAGGAUACAGAUGUUGCCCAAAAGCUGUAUGACGUUAGUAUAUCUGAUACUACAGCAUCUGAUAGUUCUGAUGAUUCUACUGAAUCAGAACAUGAAGGUUCAGAAGAAGAAGUUAAACAUAGUAUUAUUUUUCCUGAAGCAACAACAGAGUGGAAAAACCAUGACUAUCCUACGGCUAUAGUGGACCUCAAACAUGUUAUAUCUUCAUUAAAGCCCUUUCAUGUCAAUGUUCCAGACUCAAGCAAUUAUUCAGAUCCUCAAGUGUUUCCAAAGAAAAAUAUAGAUGCUACCCAAAAACAGUUUGACAGCACUUCAUCCGAUGAAAGCUCAAAUGAUCCUUUUGAUUCAAAGUAUGAAAGUUCAGAUGAAGAGGUGACAAAGACUCCUGCUUUGCUUGUAACAACAGGAACAGAAUGGGUGAGCAGUGAAGAUCUUCCUCCUACAGUAAACCUCAAACAGAUAAUGUCUUCAUUAAAACCAAUUUGUAUCAAAGUUCCAGACACCGACCAUUAUCCAAUUUUUCCUUUCCAAACAAAUAUAAAUACAAAGGAUAACCACCCACUGUGUGACAGUACUUUAUCUGAUGAAGGCUCAAACAAUUCUGUUAGUUCAAGUGAAGGUAUCAUGAGUUCAAGUGAAGAUAUCUUGAAUGGAUCUUAUGUAGCAGACGCAGCAGAAAUGACUCCAAAUCUCUAUGGCAGCAGUUCAUCUGAUGAAGAUUCAAAUGAAUCAUCUGACUUAGAAUGUGAAGGUUCAGAUGGAGAAAUGAGGAGUGUCAUUUUGCAUAUUCCAACCUUGAAAGAAGCAGUGAACGAUGAGAAUGUGUAUGCUACAAUAAACCUCAAGCAUGUAAUAUCUUCAUUAAAGCCCAUGUGUUUUGCUGUUUCAGAUUCAACCCAUUAUUCAGAUACUCUUGUGCAUUCAAAGAAAAAUAUAGAGGAGGUUACCCAAAGUUCAUACAACAAUAUUUCAUUUGAUAAACUGUCAAAUGAUUCUUCACAUUCAAGGUAUAAGGGUUCAGAUGAAGAGGUAAUAAUGAGUCCAGCUUUGCUUGAACCACCAACAGACUGGGUAAACGACAAGAACCAUAUGCCUACAGUAAACCUUGAACAUGUAAUAGCUUCAUUUAAACCAAUUUGCAUUGUAGUUGCAGAUUCCUACAAGAAGACUACAGUGGUUACCCCAAAGCUAUAUGACAAUAGUUCAUCUGAUGAAAGUUCAAAUGAUUCUGCUGAUUUGGAACAUGAAUGUUCAAGUGAACAUUUGAUGAUUUUUCCAUUGCCUAAACCAAUACAGACAGGACAAGAAAGCAAUGAGAAUGUCUGUCCUACAGUGAACUUAAAGCAUGUAAUAUCUUUAUUAAACCCCAUACAAAUCAAUGUUCCAGAAGCAACAUGCUAUCUAGAUAUUGUCACAAGUCCUAAGGAGAAUAUAGAGACUACUACACAGAAGCUACCUGACUACAGUCCGUCUGAUGAAAGUUCAAAUGGUUCUGUUGAUUCUGAGCAUGAAAGUUCAGAUGAGGAUAUUAAUAGAACCACUAAUAUACCCAAAAGUAUUCCAACAUGGGCAAGUAAUGAAAAUCUUAAUUUUACAGUGAACCUGAGGCAUUUAAUGUCUACUUUUAAACCACUUGAUAUCACAGUUGCAAAUUCAACCAAAUAUUUAGGUACUUCUAUGAACCCAAAUACAGAUACAGAAGUUAUACAAAAGCUGUAUGUGGACAUUUUACCAGAUGCAAUUCCAAAUGAUUCUGAUAAUUCAGACAGUAAAGGUAUAGAAGAUGUGAUCAUUUCAACCUUACCUGAAACAGUGCCAACAAAAUUACCAAGCAAUGAGAAGGUCUAUACUACGGUGAAUCUCAAGAAUGUAAUCUCCUCAUUUAAACCCAUUUCUAUUAAACUUCCACAUUCAACAAAUUAUUCAGAGUCAUUAAUAAUACCCAUGAAGGCUGUAGACGUAUCCAAGGAGCUAUAUAAAAACAGUUCAUCUGACGAAAGUUCUGCUGAAUCAGGACAUGAAGGCUCAUAUGGGGUAACUAACCACAGGAUGCGCAAUAACAGUUCAACUAAUGACGAUUCAACUGAUGAUGAAGAGUCAAUGCUUAAAGAUUCACAUAAAGGCAUUCUAUUAGUUCAGCAUUCUACUUUACCUAAGCCAACACCAACAGAAUGGGCAAGAAAUGAGAACCUCAGUCCUACGGUGAAUUUCAGACAUAUAAUAUCUUUAUUAAAACCCAUUAAAAUCCAAAUUCAGGACUCAGCCUAUCAUUUAGAUCCUCCAAAGAAAACCAUGCAGAUUACCCAGGAAAAGUAUAAUAGCUCACAUGAUAAUAGUUCUGCUGAUUCAGAACAUGAAUAUCCAGACAAAUCUGUGAUAAAGAGUUCUUCUUUGCCCAAACUGACACCAACAGAAAAAGUCCCAGAAUCAAACCUGUAUGAAGACACACCCAUGGCUUCAAAUAAGAAUACAGAGGUUACUUCAAAAACAGUUAAUAAUAUCAGCCUACCCAAUGAACAUUCAAUUUAUUUUGCAGAUUCUGAUCAUGAAGGCUCUGUGGAAAAUAUGGAAAGGAGAACAGAACAGGAAAGACAGAGUUAUGUUUAUCCCACAGUGAAUUUAAAACAUUUGACAUCAUUGGUAAAACCUAUUCGGAUCAAAGUUCCAGAUGUAGCUCACUAUUCAGAGACGCUUAAGAGUUCAAAGAAGAAAAACAAGGUUACUGCUGAAAAACACUUUGACAACAGUUCAUCUGAUGAAAAUUCAAAAGAUUCUACUGAUUCAGAACAUGAGAAUUCAAAUGAAAAUAUAAUGAGUUCUAUAUUGGCUAAACCAACAUUAACAGAAUGGGCAAGCACUGAGAUAGCCUAUCCUACAGUAAAUCUGAAAAAUGUAACAUCUUUGCUUAAACCAAUAAAUAUAAUGGCCCCAGACUCUGUAGUGCCUGAAGAGCCAACGUGGAAGCCAUUUUUCUCAGAAAGCACUAGAUAUAAUGAAAAACAAACAGAUAAUUUUGAUAAAUAUCAACCGAUCAGCCAUUCUUUCAGCCAACCUAAAAGUAAGUUACAUAAUAAACGUUAUAAACGCAAUUUUUCAUAUGCUUUCAAGAAUCCCAGCAAAAAUAAAAAUGUAAUUUUAACCUCAUAUAAAAAAUCAAACAAUACAUCAGAUAAUAUUGAUGAAUGGAGUCAUAAAGAAUUGAACAAAAGUGAUACAACAAAUUCUGAUCCCCUUACAUCAAACUUGGCUGCACGGGCAAGUAAUGAAGAUGAUGCUCCUGUGGUUAAUCUUAAACAUGUGAUGUCAUUAUUAAAACCAGUUAAAUUUGUUGAUCAAGAACUAACAAUGGCUGAACUAGUUAAACAUCCUCCACCUGUCCCACCAAGAAAGUCUAUAAAAAAGUUUCAGGAACAAUCAUCCCUCAGCUUUCAUGAAAAGCCAAUGGCAUCAAGAUUCCCUGUACAAUACUCUACAGUUUCCAAAGACUUAUCACAGAAUGAUCUGAUCAAAUUUGACAUGGAUGACUUUGAGGAAGUUUUACUUUAAAGAGUCUUUGAUGCUUUUUUUUUGAUCACAAGAAAUCUGAACAAUUGAUCAUGGCACCCUUCUCAAGUCUGUGAUCUACCAUAUAUUGAUGUUAAUACUACUGUUUGCUUUUUAUAUGAUGUAUUACUAUAUAACAGAAAAGGUUUAUUUAACAACCCUUA